AUGACUUAUUCAUUGUAUCGCAAUCCACCCUUCCGCGCUGAGCACAUUGGCUCAUUUCUGAGGCCAGACUAUUUACUGGAAGCCCGACACGCCUGGAAUGACAAGAAAGCUUCAGGUGCGCAAUUGCGUGAAGCAGAAAACAAAGCCAUAAAUGAGAUUGUGAAGCUGCAGCAGGACUAUGGUUUUCGAGCUAUUAAUGAUGGGGAAUACCGCCGACAUAUGUUCUGGGGAACAUUUUGGGAGAACUUGGAGGGCAUGACGAAUAUUGUUGGACCGGAUGUGAAGAUCUUCAGAUCUUAUGUCCCUGAUGUUGGAGCUUUUCUUGAGAAAAACUACAAACCGGGUGAAACUGUUGUCUGUACAGGAAAGAUUAAGCAUACCCCUGCGGCGUCGAAGGACCAUAUCGACCAGAUCAGAUACCUUCAGAGUAUCAUGCCAAAAAAGAAGCAUGGGGAUAUUAAGCUUACGAUUCCUGCCCCGACUUGGUACCAUUUGCGAUACAGGGAGGGCUCUGCGUACCCGAAGAACGUCUACAGGAAUGACGAAGAGUAUUUCGCGGAUGCUGUCGCAGCAUAUCAGAAAGAACUACAGGUUCUGUAUGAUCACGGCUUGCGAAAUGUGCAAAUCGAUGAUCCGAAUAUGUGCUACUUUUGCAACGAAAAUAUGAUCGAGAAUUUCAACAAUGACCAACUCAACACUUGCACUGCUGACGAGCUAUUUACCAAGUACAUCAAUGUCUACAACAAUAUCAUGGCCAAAUGUCCCCAAGGAAUGCACAUCGGCCUGCAUCUCUGCCGCGGAAACUUCGUCAAUUCACGAUACUUCACCGAAGGACCCUACGACCGAAUCGCAAAAGAGCUACUACAGAAAGUAAACGUUCACACAUUUUAUCUGGAAUUCGAUACGGAGCGUGCUGGGGGGGUUGGGCCUCUGCAGUACCUUCCGUCGAACAAGAAUGUCGUCUUGGGAGUUGUCAGUAGUAAGUACCCGGAACUGGAGAAUUUCGAUACGAUGGUGGCUAGAGUAUAUGAAGCUGCGAAGAGUAUAUCGAAGGGAAGUGGGAAGAGCGAGAGGGAGGCCCUAGAGCAGAUUUGCGUUAGUCCGCAAUGUGGUUUUGCGAGUCAUAGUAGUGGUAAUGCUGUUGGGGUGAAUGAUAUGGUGGCUAAGAUGAUGCUUGUUCGGCGGGUCGCUGAUAGGAUUUGGCCUGGUGAGGCUUGA